AGGAGGAGGAGAAGGGGUGAAUCUCGAGUACACAGCGACGUGGAUCGUCGCCGUUGUUUGUUCCAUCAUCAUCCUAAUCUCUCUCCUCGCUGAACGGUUGCUCCAUUAUCUCGGAAAGCUUCUGAAGAGGAAAGACCAGAAAGCCCUGUUCGAAGCUCUUUCGAAAGUGAAAGAGGAGUUGAUGCUGUUGGGGUUCAUCUCUCUUCUGCUGGUGGUGUUUCAAGGGGUUAUUCAAGAGAUAUGCGUUCCCGAGAGCUGGCAGAGGCACAUGACCCCUUGCAAGAGAGGGGAUGAGUCUUCUCCUUCUGUGACCAAGCGUUAUGCCGCGGCUUUCUUCUCCGGUGUCGGUGGCGGUGGCAGGAGAUUGCUUUCCGGCGGCAGUGAAGAGGGGUCGGAUCAUUGUAAGAGAAAGGGAAAAGUUCCAUUGUUAUCCCUUGAAGCCAUCCAUAGCCUGCACAUCUUUAUCUUCGCUCUGGCGGUAACUCAUGUGGUUCUCAGUGUUCUUACUAUGCUUUUUGGAGUGGCAAAGGUACGGCAGUGGAAGCCGUGGGAAGAUGCGAUUCAGAAAGAUGUAAAGGAAAGUGAUCCAAAUAAAAUCACCCAUCUGCAUCAAUCUGAAUUCAUCAGGGAUCGCUUCCAUGGUGUUGAAGAUGUAUCCAUGAUUAUGGGUUGGCUGCAUUCUUUUUUUAAGCAGUUCUAUGGAUCUGUUUCUAAGUCAGACUACUCUGCAAUGAGACUGGGUUUUAUCCAGACACAUUGCAAAGGGAACCCAAAAUUUGAUUUUCACAGGUACAUGUUACGAGCUCUUGAAGCCGACUUUAAGAAAGUCGUUGGUAUAAGUUGGUAUCUAUGGAUAUUUGUGGUCAUUUUCUUGCUGCUGAAUGUUAAUGGGUGGCAUGCAUAUUUUUGGAUAUCAUUUGUUCCUUUAGUUAUUCUACUUGUUGUUGGCGCAAAGUUGGAGCAUAUCAUCAGUCAAUUGGCUCAUGAGAUUGCUGAGAAGCACUCUGCCAUUGAAGGAGAUGUGGCAGUUAAACCUUCAGACGAUCAUUUUUGGUUUCAUCGUCCAAGAAUCGUGCUCUUCUUGAUUCACUUCAUACUUUUCCAAAAUGCCUUUGAGAUUGCAUUUUUCUUCUGGAUAUUGACGACAUUCACCUUCGAUUCCUGUAUAAUGGGGCAAGUUGGCUAUGUCAUCCCCAGACUUGUAAUGAGUGUUAUUACACAGUUCCUCUGCAGCUAUAGCACCCUCCCUCUCUAUGCUGUCGUAGCACAGAUGGGGAGCUCAUUCAAGGAAGUCAUAUUUGAGGAACAUGUGAAAGCAAGCAUUGUAGGCUGGAGGCAGAACGCGAAGAAGCGAAAAGCGAGGAGGGUGAUGAGCACUGAAGAGAGCAGAUCAGAGGCCAUCGAAUCAGCGGGUGAGUCUUUGCGUAAUGUGCUUUCUCAAGCGCGCAGCGAUUCUCUGAUGGAAGAGGGGGAGGCUGAUCGCAUUGAAGAGGUUGCUCAGCGUGCACGAGCACAUGUACUCCAGGUCUUGUGAUCCUUUUGUUCGUUCACGACGAGCUAGCAUUUGUCGCACGUGCGUAUGCACGUGCGAAAGGUGGAGAAUUUCAUGAACAAUUGUAGCAUUUUUUUUCUCCCCUAGUCCUUAGAUUUAUCCAGUGUAAUAGCAUGCAAUGUGAUAGAUAUUCAAGUAGUAGACUUUAAUUACAUAAUCAUGUCCUGGAAAAAGUGAAGACAAAGGGGGAAAGAAAAUAAAACGGA